GUGCCUAGUAGUGCCACCCACCUGUGCCCAGCAGUGCCACCCCACCAGUGCCCAGCAGUGCCCUCCAACAGUGCCACCCAGCAGUACUGCCCAGCAGUGCCACUUAUCAGUGGCCAGCAGUGCCACCAGUCAGUGCCCAGCAGUGCUGCCAGUCAGUGCUGUCAAUCAGUGCCACCCAUUAGUGUCCAUCAGUGCAGCCUAUCAGUUCCGCCUAUCAGUGGCCAUCAGUUCCGCCUAUCAGUGCCCAUUAGUGCUGCCUAUCAGUGCCCAUUAGUGCUGCCUAUCAGUGCCCAUCAGUGCUGCCUCAUCAACGCACAUCAGUGAAGGAGAAAAAGUACCUGUUUGCAAAACUUUAUAAUAGAAACAAAGAAAAAGUUUUUUUUUUAAUUGUUUUUGCUCUUUUUUUGUUUAUAG